ACUCGGCUGUGUCCGUCAAUGUGGUGAACACUUCUGCCUUCUCCAUGUCACAUUCCUGCUGCCGGGGCUCAACGUCCUCCUGACAUGGGUUAUAAAGAGAAGCACAGCUCCAGACUUCGUCUGCACACAGUGUUAUGAUUACCUUUUGUUUCAAACUACUUUUCUGAGUACCUUUCUAGAUAGACUCUUGAGGAGAAGAGAUCGCUUUCCAUUUUUCCUUUUUUAAGUUCUUUGGGGCUUCUAUGGUAUCAAAUAGCUCAUUGUGCACAGAGGAAUACAGAAGUGAGCCACGGUUUUAACUUCUUCAGCUCAGAUGUGUGCAUGGGCAAGAGAAACGAAAGAAUACUGGUGUGACCUUGGAGUUUUCAUAGAUGGACCACUGUGUGCCAACACACAAUCCAGUAUUACCCAAUAAGUGAUCCAUAGAGCGUCAGAGGAUGAAAUGGUAACACCUUUUCUUCAAUGAAAGGCUAGCCAGUACUGAGGAGAUGGCUUUAGUGAGCAAUGCACUGGCUGCUUACUCCUUCAUAGCAGAUCACCCGGAACGGGCGGCACUGUAUUUUGUGUGUGGAGUGUGUUUGGGACUAGUACUCACUCUCAUCGCUCUAGUGGUACAGAUCUCCUGUCGAACCGACUGCAAAACGCAAAGAGUGCACAAGAACACAGGGAAACCAGCGGAGAGCACUAGCGACACCAGCGACAGCGAUUCGGACUGGGACAAUACCUCCGACCUGUCGGCACGGCGCCACCGGCGCUUUGAACGGACGCUCGGUAACGUGUUUACUUCUGCCGAAGAGCUGGAGCGCGCGCAGCGGCUGGAGGAACGGGAGCGAAUCAUACGCGAGAUCUGGAUGAACGGACAGCCGGACAUACCAGCCACACGCAGCCUGAACCGCUACUAUUGAAGUUUCUAAAGUACUGAGAUUGUCUGAGAAAAUAUCCUCAUGCUAUGAUAUUAGCUACACUUUUUGGGGGGAUAUAGUAAGGGACUGAGAAAUUAGCAAAGCUAAUACACUUACAAGACUGUUCUUCUGGUGGCACCAUAGUAAAGCUCUAGUUUUGGUUUGAUGAGUAAUUCAUCAUAAAAUAUAAAACAGUAGAGGAUAAAAGAAUAUGCUUAAGCUUUUAUUACGCUUGACUUGAAAUACUGUAUUUUUAAUUAGAAUUAAAGUUUGUCUGAAAUAAUUAGAAUACUAAAAUGCUAUGGUCACAUUAGUGCAUUUGACAAAUCAGACACCUAAUAUUAAAAAAAAAUAAAAAUAAAAAUAAAUAAAAAUAUUGUUAUUUAAGCAAAAUGUCUUUGUUACAAACUGUUUUAUUAUACAAAAGCUUUGUUUUGAAGCUCAGGAUUUUCAUGACCUAUUCCUCUGUGAAGGAUUUUUCUUAAUUUGUUAUAUAUAUUUUUUGAUAUUGAUAAAACAAAAUGGUGUGUGCCUUUAUUUUAGAUCAAUUCUUCUAGUAUUAAUUGUGCAUGGAAGACAAUCAACUCUGUUUAUACUACAUUUUUUCAGUGUAGAUUUGUAGGUGCUAAUGUCCUGUAUGUAAAAUCCAUCCAUGCAUGAGCACAGCACAGGCAAUCUAACAAUGGUCCAGAAUAGGCAGCAAAAAUCCAAAUUCUUCAUCAGCCAUUCUGUUCCAAUGACAUUCAAUACAUGUAGCGUUUCUUCAAUACUUGCAGCACUCUCAUUCCACACUGAUUCAAUGCAAUUGUUUUAGAAAUAUAGAAUUUGUGAGAAAUUUGCAUCUGGUUGCCUACAGAUUAAUAUUUAAUAGUUUUGAAUGUGUAUAAGGAGUAAUGUGCCAAAGUUUUGUCUGUUGAUCCAGUCACUCACUACAUAUUUCUGUAAAAUAAAACUGAAGCAUUUAAAACCUUU